AUGCAGGGCCUUACGCUGGUUCUCCUCUACCUGGCUAUCCCGAGUCUUCUCUACUCGGCCAUCAGGCAGAUCGUAUCGUGGAGGAAAAGUGUCGGAUCCAAGGCCAAGUUCCCGGGGCCACAACUGUUUCCUAUCGUGGGCCGUGUCCAUGAUCUACCCCGGUUUUCACUUUGGUUAAAAUUCAAGGAAUGGGCCGACGAACAUGGGCCCAUCUACUACACCAAGAUGCUAGACCAGCCAUUCCUCAUCGUCUCAGAUGAGAAGAUCGCCGAGGAACUGCUGGUAAAGCGAGGCCAUAUCUACUCGGGCCGGCCGCAGAUCCGCUCCCUCAUCCGCCACAAGGAGGGCCCCGCCUACUCGGCGCUGAUGGACCGCCAUGACAUCUGGAAAGCGCAGCGCAAAUGGGCUCACGCCGCCAUGGCGGAGGCGUACAAGCAUCACUUCUACGGGCACGUCGAGCGCGAGAUGAAGCGGUACCUGGGCCUGCUGCUGCUAGACCCGGCGCGCUUCCUCGACUACACGCGCGAGUACUGCGGGCGCGUCAUGUCGCGCCUGGCCUGGGACGACGCCACCCAGGGCCGCACCAACGGCGACAGCGCCGACCAGACCCUGCACUGCAUGAGCGUGUCGGGGCCGAUCACCAACACCCUCACCCCGCUGUGGUACCUGCCCGCGGUGGUUAACCCGUGGUAUAACUAUGAGGUGCAGCGGGAGAGGACGCAGCGGGCGUGGUGGUUGAAUAAUUUCCGGUUGGCGAAGGAUCGGAUGAGGAGGGGGGAGCUGCCCGGUGAUACGUGGGCGUAUCGGUAUUUUGAGCAGGUGAGGAAGGAGGGGAAUGGGGAGUUGGAGCAGGAGGAGGAGCAGGAGGUGUUUGCCAGCUGCAUGAUUGGGUUUUUGAAUCUGGUUGGGGUGGUGACUAUCAGCGGGCCGCUCAAGUUCUUCCUCAUGGCCAUGGCGCUGCACCCGGAGUGGCAGAAGAAGGCUCAGGAAGAGAUCGACCGCGUAUGCGGCGACCGCAUGCCGACCAUGCAGGACUUCGCCGACCUGCCCACCGUCAGGGCAUGCAUGAAGGAGACAGUGCGGUGGAGGUCAGGGGUGCCACUGGGCGUUCCGCAUCAAGCAGAACAAGACGACGAAUACCGGGGUGUCAAAAUCAAGAAGGGCACGAUCGUCCUCGCCUGCGAAUGGUCUCUCAACCGCGUGCCCAGCAAGUACCCCGACGGCGAGCACUUCCGCCCCGAGCGGUGGCUGGACCCCUCCUGGCCGACCUUCCAAGCGCCGCUCUCGCGGUACCCCAACUUCCGCGAGGGUCACGGCAUGCACAGCUUCGGCUGGGGUCGGCGCACCUGCCUGGGGCAGAACAUUGUCGACGACGAGACCUUUGUGUUCGCGGCCGCGGUGCUGUGGGCGUUCGAGCUCGGUCCGAAAGUUUGUCCGCGUACCGGGGAACGGGUGCCCAUUGAUACGCAGGCGACGAAUAGUCAUGUCAUUUUGGAGCCCAGUCCGUAUCAGAUUAGUAUUAGGGUGAGGGGGGAGGGGAAGGGGGGGUUGGUGUUGGAGGGGUAUCGGGAGGUGAUGGCGGAGUUGAGGGUAUGA